AUGGCAGCGCGACGUAUCUUCACCAUCGUUGCAAUGGCCAACAUGGCUGCAAUCGUCGCGUCAAUGGCGAUAUCUGUCCCGGCAUAUGCGGACCAGUUCAACUGGACCCUCAUCGAGGAAGCGUACAGCAAGGUGGGAAAUCACAGCGCAAUCCAAGACAACUUUGGAGUUCUCGCCUCUGUCGACGCCUUCGCUGGGCCCGUCUCCUACGGCAACUACGCUAUUAAUGCUCCCUUCUGUAAUGGCGUCAACACUCACGAGGGAUGCUCCCUGUUCACGGAUGGCACUUUCGACCCAAACCGCUGCGCCGAUGCCUGCACCGCACACACAACGUAUAGCCUCGCUCACGGCCUCACCAACCGACCAUGCCGGUUCUUCAACACCUACAAGCUCAUGUUGAAUGGAGCUAUUUUCGGGCAGUACUGUUCUUUGUAUACUCAAACUUUCGAUAGGUCAUGGGCCACAAACCCGGGCAGCAUCGGUGCCGACGGCAACAAUUACACUGUGGCCGACUCCGUUGGCUACUACAAUUCUACGGAUCCGGCCACUUGCCCCACGACCACCACGACCCACAAGCACGACGGCAAGCAGCACCACGGCAAGCACCACGGCAAGCACCACGGCCAGCACGACGACAAGCACCACAAGCACCACGACUACGACCUCGGCCUCGACCACGAGCACGACAAGCAGGACGACGACUACCACAACCACCACCAGCUCUCUGCCGACCGCAGCUUGCGAUGCCAACUCUCUGCCAAUGUUGGGACAAUGACCAACGCCAUGGGCUACAACUCCCUCGAUAAUUACCUAUACGCGUCGAACUAUGUGAACACCACCAACGCCAACACAUGGACGCUGAUCAGAAUUGGAGGUACCGGCGCCUAUACAAACGUCACGAGCCUUCCUACGGCCCCCGCCGCCCAAAAUUGGCUCGUCGGCGACGUGGAUGAGUCAGGGCAAUACUGGGCUUCCUAUUAUGGCCAGCAGUGGUUCCAGCUCGACCUCAAACCAGGGUCGGCAACAUACGGCCAAGUUGUUGCGAGCGGCACUGCCAGCCCCAGUCUCCAGGUCGUAGAUUGGGCGUAUGUCCCUGGUGCUGGGAACUACCUGUGGGCGCUAGGUUACAACUCUGCCCUCACCUCGACCACACUCAUGCGAUUCGACCGCACAGCUCACACCUGGACGGCUUUGACCAACUUCGGAAACGUUGCGGGUCAAAACACCUUCGGCGCUGUGUACGCCGGCCCCAACCAGACGCUGCUCGGAACCGAGAAUACCAGCGGUCAGCUCUGGAAAUUCCAACUGCCGGUCGUGGGCACGACAAAGACCCAGUUGGGCACAGGUGCUAUCAGGGCCCACCUGCUGAGCGGCAGCAUUAUGCUGGGGACGAGCAUCGCGGAGGGCAAGGAGGGCAGGGGAGAUUGA